GAGACCGUAGUGAUGUGCUACGAGCUGGGAUCCCGUCAGAGCCGCUGCUAAGAGCGCAGCGUUAAGGCGACGUCGCAGUACGCGGUGGCUUGGGGGCUGAGAGCCGCAUUCGACUGAUAUAAACUUUCACGCAACUCAUUGUCAUUUCACUUAUCUGAUUCAGAAUCAUACCUUUUGGUUUUAUAGAGUUUAAAAACCACCUGAGGGACGCCAGAAAGAAGAAGGGAUGGAGCAAGCGAAGCAGGAGGCGUUUGAUAAAGCCAGGCUGCAAGUCAUAAAAGAUGGCUACGAGAGUGCCUUUGAGUUCAUUAACAAAGGCCUUACAGAGGAUGAAGUCGGGAAUAAGGUACAAGCGCUGGAGCUCUACCGCAAGGGCCGCCAGCACCUCCUCAGGGCUAUCAGUGUGCCCUCCCGUGGGGAGGAAUGUGUUGGGGCUGCCUGGGAUUCAGCACGUCAGAUGCAGGAGAAGAUGCAGGAGACCCUGAACAGCAUUACCAUGCGGCUGGCAGUGCUGGAGACGACCCAAGACCCUGACACGACAGCCACCAAUGGGGCAUGUAUGGGAGCUGCCUCCUCCCAGCAUCUCUACCCACAACUUCCCAUGAAAGAGAAGCCAGACAGACUGCCCCCACCCACAGUGCUUUUUCCCACCACCCCCCAGACUGGAACCAUAGCAAACCAAGCUUCUUCACCCACUACCUAUGGGGUACAGCCUAGAGCCGCAGGAGUCCCAGGCGAACUGCCCCCAGCCUACUCCCCGCAAGCAACAGAUGGGCACUAUACUAUCUCCUAUGGAACGGAUGCUGGGGAGCUCUCCCUGGUUGGAGAUGAGUUCUACAAACAGAGCUCCAGUACCACCCCCUCCCCUCAGGGCUUGGGGGAAGAUGGGGAAGAGCUUUUCUUCCUUCCCCAUGGAGUGCAGAUAUUCUUUGUCUCACCUGACGGCCAGGUCAGCGCACCCUCAUACCCAGGCUAUCUACGGAUCGUGAAAUUCACCAAUGAGCGCUCAGAGAGGGCGCCAAACAGACCACCUGCCUUUCUGCAGGUGUGUGAUUGGCUCUAUCCUCUCAUGUCCAUGGACUCUCCUGUUCUGCUUUGUAAUACUGGGGUUUUCAUGUUCCCCGACAUGAUGGCCCCAGCACCGGGGUCUUAUGUGGGAGUGGUGCUAUCCUCUGAGCUGCCAGCAUUAGACAGGGAGCUGUUCCGCGACAUCCUUGCACAGCUGACAGACCUGAGAAUCCAGGCCCCGGAUGAAGCAGCUGACUCUAUGAACCUGAGCCAAAAGGUCCCCCUUGUUCCACCGGAGGGAGUACCUCCAAAGGUCCCCACAGUGCCUCCGGAAGUGGUCCCCUCGGAGGAGGAAGAUGAGAAACCACUCCCAGAGUGGAGUGAGAAGGUGGCCCAAGGUAUCCUCACAGGUGCCUCAUGGUUGAGCUGGGGAUUGGUGAAGGGGGCAGAGUACACUGGGAAAGCCAUCCACAUGGGGGCAUCCAAACUGAGGGAACAUAUCACCCCUGAGGACAAGCCAGCUGCAGUUAGCCCCAGUGUCUCAAGAGGGCUGCAUGUUGCCAAACAAGCGACUGGGGGUGCUGUCAAAGUCAGCCAGUUUCUUGUGGAUGGUGUUUGCAAGGUGGCUGGCUGUGUGGGAAAGGAGCUGGCUCCCCACAUCAGAAAACAUGGUAGCAAACUGAUCCCAGAAUCUCUGAAGAAGGACAAAGAAGGGCGUUCCAAUGUGGAUGGUGCCAUGGUGGUAGCCGCCAGUGGGGUGCAAGGUUUCGCAACCUUGUGGACAGGCUUAGAAGUGGCAGCCAAGAGCAUCACCAAGAGCGUAGCAUCUGAGACUGUUACAACUGUGAAACACAAAUUUAGGGGUCUUCAAACAUCUUAGGCCCUUCUGGCACUGUUAUACAGUAAAACCAAAUUAAAGCUUCAGUUGGUUGUAGAAAUGGCUGCUGGUAAUACCAAAGUAAGAGUGCCUUCCUGUGGUCCUCAAGAACCAAAGGCUCCACAGAUUUCAAACCCCAUCCUCAUUAGUAUCUUCACAAGUUGAAACACCAGACUUGGUGACUUGCUAUCCAUAUCACCACUACAGUUAAGAGUUCAUGUUGAGUGGAAAUCAGGACCUGCGUCGCACUCGGGCAAGGGUCCAGCACUCCUGCUUUUGGGAAGCUGCUUAAAUUGCUUGUAAAACUGACCUGAUUAGAACUUUGGCCAGACAGACUUCUGUGUCUUGUUGGGUUUUAAGGGUUCUAACUGCUAAUUUUGCUUUUGGCCUUUAAUGAAUGUGAAUGCCUGAAAGCCUUCCGUUUCUCUGUUAGCAUAUGCUCACCUGUAUUCCUAAUGUGAACUUAACUGGGCUUGAUUAAUUCAGCUCAAUGUGAAGAUCUAAAUAAUCACUUGUCUGCUUAAUCAACAUGAAAUAUCUGAAUCAAAACUAAUAAAACAAAAAAACUUAGUACAUGUUUGGUUUCAUACAUGUUUCUAUCCAUUUUAAAUGAAUGGUGAUGUGUACAUCUUCAAGCAAAAUGGGUAAAUGUAAUUAAACUAUUUUGCCCAUUUUCCUUAAUUACUGUCAGAUUUAGAUAGUUACACUGCGGAUGAGCGGAUGAAGUUUGGGGCAGCGCAGUGGCUAUUGCUACCACUUCACAGCUCUUGUGCAGUUUGGUUGUAGGUUCAAAUUCAGUUGAGUCUGUAUGGAGUUUGCAUGGUCUCCCCAUGUCUGUCUAGGAUUCUUCUGGGUGCCCGUUUCCUCUCACAGUUCAAAGACAUGCCCUUUAGAUUAAUUGGUGACUUUCAAUUGGCUGUAGUGUAUGCGUGUGAGUGAGUGUGUAUGUGAGACUGAAUGUGCGCAUGUGUGGCUAUCCCAGAAAAGAUUAAAAGAUUGGCAUCCCAUCCUUGGUAUAUCAUGCCUACCCUAACACCCAGUAAUUCUGGGAUUAGGCUCUGGACUGCCAUGACCCUUACUGGGACAAGUAUUUAAGAAAAGUAAGAAAGAUGAAUCAUUGGCCAAGGACCAAUUUUUAAUCUGUUCUGUUGUAAAUGUCACCCUCUCCCUGCCCUAGGAAACAUGUAUUGAUCUAUGCAUGUCUUUGGGCAUAAGAUGUUUGCUUCCUGUACCUGUUUUUAUUUUGUGCUUACUCUGUAAACUAAUGCGUCCCCUCCACUAUGUCCACACAUGUCUGCUGCACCUUUUCCCUUGACACUCUCUACACUUACCCCUAUCUUGGUUAUUUGUGAUAAAGGUACGGCGCAGAAGCUGGACUUGCCACUGACAAUGCUGUCAACUCUGCCAUCAAUGUCGGCGUAACAGCUUUCAACAUAGACA